AUGUCUUCGCUUAUGAUAUGUUAUUUGUUUCUGUUGUUAUGUUUGUUAUGUGAAGGCAGGGAGAUUCUAGUGGGAGGCAAGUCCAACACAUGGAAAGUUCCAGAGUCUACAGAAGAAACACUAAACCAAUGGUCAGAGAGAACACGAUUCAAAAUUGGAGAUGCUCUCCUGUGGAAAUACAAUGCGGAGAAUGACUCAGUGAUGCAAGUGAGUAAGAAAGAUUACGAGAGAUGCGACAGAUUAGAGCCUAUAAAAGGAUACAAAGAUGGUCACACGAAGAUAGAGCUAAAGAGAUCAGGUCCGUUUUACUUCAUCAGUGGCGAAGAUGGGCAUUGCCAAAGAGGGGAGAAGCUUCUUGUUGUUGUCUUGUCUCCAAAUCACAACAGAAGCUAUACAGCUGAUGCUCCUUUAACCACACCGGUCACAGACAAGGGAAGUGAUCAUGUUCUGAUCAAUCAAGCACAAAGAUCCAUUGCAACUGCUUGUUUAAUUUUUCUUCUUCCAUUAGUCCUUUUUGGUUUAGUCUUGUUACCUCUUUGAUCAUUGUAAUGCAAUCACUGCAUGGAACAAUGUAACAUGACCCAAUUUGGU